GGUUGUUAUAACAUUGGCCAUGACUUAUAGAUGAGACUAUUGAACUGAAUCUGAUUUUUGCAUUAACGGUUUAUCAGUGAAAGUUUUGUUAUACUUACAUGGUUUAUCUGGCAUGCUAAAAGUUUUACCCAAGGGCUAUCCAUAUUUACUUAUUGAGAUAUUUUAUCUCAUAGUUUUCCUUGUCCACCAUUUCAGGAAGCGAAACCGAGGACGGGAAAAUCAAGGGGAGUGACGAGAUAGAAGGCUAGCCAUUUUGUAAAGUGAAUAUAGAUUUGAGACAUAGAUCAUGAUCUUGUAAACAAAAGUUUAAUUGGAGAUUUUAUAAACUCAAUUAAUGGAUUGUUAGUUAUAAGAGAUUUGACCUGGAGAUUUUGAGGUUAAGUCAUGUGGACAUAGAAAAGAAAUUUUGAAAUAUCCGAUCUGAGUUGCGGGAUUGUCAGAUGUGAAUUGGAUAAGUUCCGAGCCUUGUGUAUUUGUGGGACUCGUCUCACGAGUGCACGGCGUCUGUCGCGUCUCGGAUUUGAGUUCUGGGGCGUGACAAAAAGAAAGGAGAAAAGAUAAGGUUUGGGGAAGAGUAGGAGGGCUAUUAGGUAAUUUCAUUCCAACUUAAAUUAUUCAUAAUGAAAAUUGUGUAAUUAA